AUGACUCAAUCCUCUCCAACCACCACCACCACCACCACCACCACCCAUCCUCAUUAUUACCAUCACAAUCAUUACCACCAACCAUCCUCAUCAAAUACCACAACACCAACAACACCAACAACCACCACCACCAUCACCAACACCACCACUCUGACCACCACUUCUGUCACGACCUUUCUCGCUCCACCAUCGUCAUCGUCCUCUUCAUCUUCUCAUUUUAACAUUUCUCGUAAACAACACAAUCUCUAUACCAACAAGAAGAAGGCACUCACUCUCAUCAAUAAUACUCCUCUCAUCAAAGUUCCCUAUAUUGAAAUUUAUUUGAAACAAGCGACGAAUAUUUAUGAACGAGUGAGUAUGUCCUCCUCCUCCUCCUCCAUGACCACUACCAUGACAAGUGGCAGCAGUAGUGAAGGAAUGAAUAUGUCUCAACAAUCCUCUUCAGCACUCUCAACAACAACAACACCUCCCUCUUCACCCAAUACCUAUGUUGUAUUUAUUUGUUCCAUUCCUACUCAAACUCUCUCUGAAUUUGAUUCUACCAAUUACAACAGUAGUGGAAGUAACAAUGUGAGAGGAUACAAUCGAAGAGUAUUGAAAUCCAAUGCCAUUCGAAUGGCCAAUCCAGUAUGGAAUGAAUUAUUUAUUUUUGAUAUUCAUGUAUCGAAUCAUUCACCAUCCUUGAAUCCAUCUUCAACAAAUAUCCAAUCUCAACAACAACAAUCAAUCAUGUCAUCCUCUCAACAACAACAACAACAACAAUCAAUCAUGUCAUCCUCUCAACAAUCAUCAUCUUUGAUUCCAUCUUCAUCAUCUUCAUCAACAACAAAUACCCAAUCUCAACAACAAUCAUCAUCAUCUUUGAUUCCAUCUUCACAAUCAUCCUCUCAACAACGUAUCAUUCAUGAAACCAUUCUCAUACAAGUAUGGGCCAAACACAUUUUCAAAACUGAUGAAUUACUUGGUUGUAAAACUAUUUCACUUCAAUCAUUGGUAAGAAAUCGAGAGAAUCAAAUGACUCUUCAUUUAUCAGGAAUGUCCCAUGCACAAUGUCAAAUUGAACUCUCUCUUAUUAUUCAUGAUUCAUUGGAUUCUCAAAUGAAUGUGAAUCAAAUUGGAAAUGAAAUGACAAGUCAUCAUGGUGGUCAUGGACAUGGUACUACUACUACUACUACUAUGAAUAGUAAUACUAGUGGUCAGAGUGGUGGUGGUGACUACACGACUACAACCACUCCUCAUGUUUCUCCUGGUGGAAUUUCUUCCAAUUCUUCCAAUUCUUCUUUUGACUUUUUUGAUUCCACAUUCACAUCAUCCAAUCUUUCACAUUUAAUACUACCAGAGAAUACUCUCAUUCAAAAUGGAAGAUAUCGUAUUCUACAAUACAUUUCAAAUCAAGCUUCAAAAGGAGGAGAUUCCAUGAUUUAUAAAAUUAUAGAUCACAAACAAUUGAAUCGAAUCAAAAUAUUGAAAAAGAUUAAAUGUGAAACGAUACAAAAUGCCAAUGAUGCCAUUCGAGAGAGUUGGCCACUCUCAGAAUUGAAACAUCCCAAUUUAAUACCCUAUGAAGAUAUGUUUAUUGAUAUUACAACCAAUGAUGUAUUAGGAAGUGUAUUCUUUGUGUGUUAUGUCACUCCAUUCUAUGAAGAAGGUUCACUUUAUGAUUUUAUGGUUAAAGUGAAAAAGAAGAAUAUUUAUUUAACACCUCGAAGAGUGAGUGAUUAUGCAUUGCAGAUUGCACAGGGAAUGGAAUUUUUACAUGCUCAUUCCAUCAUGCAUCGAAAUUUAAAACCAAGUAAUAUUUACUUGUUAGAGAAUAAUACUGCAUUGAAAAUUGGAGAUUUUGGAUUUUCAAAGAGCAUUUCUCAUGCAUCUACUAUAUUAGGUGGUGUGACUAAAAUUGCUAAUUUUGGAUAUACUGCACCUGAAAUAGCAUUGGUCACAGAAGUGACAAAUGUGUAUGGUUUUGAAGUGGAUAUAUGGUCAUUUGGAAUCAUCUUGUAUGAAUUAUUGACAUUGAAGAUUGAUAAGGAACAAUUGAAUCAUUGUGCAUUGGCUAGUUUUCAAUACGAUAAUUAUAUUAAAAAUGUGAUUGAAGGUGAAAUUAGAAAGAUUUAUAGAAAUGAUGCAGAUGAUUUUAUUCAAUUAUUGAAGAGAAUACUCGUGUUAGAUCCAUCUCAAAGAAUGAAUGCCAAAGAGAUUGUUUCUGAAUUGAAAAUGUUGGUUGAAAAGUUUGCAAAUUUAAUGAAUCAAAAGACGCAUUGA